AUGACCGGAAAAAGAAUCCCAAAUAGCCCUGCGGGUAGCCCGUCAUCCGACAACUCCUCAAAAGACCAAGAGCGGCUUCUCCCGAUAGCCAAUGUAGGGCGUAUCAUGAAAAAGUCACUCCCGGCUAAUGCCAAAAUAUCAAAAGAAGCAAAAGAGACGGUCCAAGAAUGUGUGUCCGAAUUCAUUAGCUUCAUCACGGGUGAAGCAUCGGAUAAAUGCCAAAGAGAGAAGCGAAAGACGAUCAACGGGGAGGAUCUCUUGUGGGCCAUGACAACGUUAGGGUUUCAAAACUACGUUGGUAGUUUAAAAACUUAUUUGAACCAAUAUGUUGGAACGUCCGACUCACCUAGUGAUACCAUCACUGGUGUUAAUGAGAGCGGUUGUGAGGUGUCUAACUGGACACCAAAACAACCGACCUCUGAAGUUCCUAAUGGUAUGUAUCUUGAACGUGUUAUGGGGUAUCGUGAUGAGUUGAUCAAUAUGGUCGAGCUGCAUGAUGCCAACACAAUCGUGGCACCACAUGCUCAUGAAUUUAUGUAGCAACUACAUAAACCGGAAUAAUUUUUGUAAUAUUUGUAUUGUAAUGGUUAUACUUGCAAUUAAUGGUUUAAGUUCACACUAAAGUAUGUCAAAAUGUGUGGUUUUAGGCAAUUCUCAAUUGUUAUUUGUUAGGUGGUUAUCAUUGUAACAAAACUAUAUAUACAAUUGUUAUAAUUGCAUGUUUUUUCAUUCUUUUA